GCGUCCAGGCGGAGCCAGGCUUGGGGGACGUUGCAGGUCGUAGUUGCCGUCUCGGCCCGGAAGGGCGGCACAGCCGAGAGCCGCGGGGAUAAGUUCUCCUGCCCCGGCGCCGGUAGCUAGGCGCGUCCCUCCUCCCCGGGGCUGCAGCUCUCCCGUGCUUCGUCCGCUCGCUGAGCUCCCAGCACGGCCCUGCCUCGGGUGAAGGCGUCCCGCGUUUGUGUAGGAAUGGCUGGCACCAUUAUUGGAGUUGGACCAGGAGUGUUUAUUGUAGCACUGCUCUGGGUGCUAGUAUUGCUGCUUUGUGUGCUGUUAUCCAGGGCCUCUGGCUUUGAAAGGUUCUCGGUUGUUCUAGUCUUUAUUUCUGCUCUGAUCAUUACUUUGGUUCUUUGGUUUUUCCCUCGUGCCAGUGAGUUUCCAGAGCCAGCUACAGAAACAAAGAUUGUGGAUACCUUUUUCAUUGGCCGCUAUGUCCUGGUCUCUGUUCUCAGCCUGAUGUUUCUUGGAAGCCUCUUCCUGGUUCUUAUUCACCAUGUUCUGGAACCAGUGUAUGCCAAACCACUCCGAGUUAAGUAACUAUCCAAGGCAGGUAGUAUGACAUCAGUUGGGCAAUGAGAAUAUUCCCCUUCAAAUUUCUGAAGAAGCUUUCUGUUUGUGAUAUUAUACAAACAAUGAGUUCCAGAACCGGUGUCUGUUUGAAGUGCGAGAAAUCUCCAAAUAGGAGUUUCAGUAUGUAUAUAUUUUGCACAGGCUAAUUAAGAUUUUCUGCGGCCUUUUGUAGAGCCAAGAAAAGCUUGCUGGCAGAGAAAAGCUUGUUUACAGAUUGUAUCAGAUUAUUUUGUAUUUAUUCUUGGGAGUAUUUCCAUGAUCUCCGUUUUGGAGAAAAUAAAAGAAGAAGAACAAGUGAAUUUCUCUCUAUUGUUAAUCACAUGAGCAGAUCCAGGAUUUUGUAAAGGGGUACAAGGGCAGUGACCUGCGCUGCAGGAGUAGUUGCACCCUGUCUCCAGUAUUCCCUAGUUGUAGGCAGACUAUGCCACAAGAGCAGAACAAGUUUCUCAAGCAGGUAAGAAUCUUCUUUUCCCUACUCUCUUCCCCUCCCAUUCUACUCUUCCACCUGCUGCUGCCAGUGGUGCCUGCUGAGCCGAGGCUCCAGAGCCACUGCAGUUGGCUGCACAGGGAGUCAGGUUCUGCUAGAGACAGCAGCAGUAAUUAUGGCAGUAGGCAGGCUCCCUUCCCCCAUGCCUGUGUAGGCAGGGAACACCAAGGGGACUGGGCAGGGAGGGGAAAUCUGCCCACUACUGCUGCUGGCUCUGGUUGAGCUCAGCUCCACGUGAAGCUUGAGUGGAGUGAGCAGGAGUGACUCUGGAGGUUGCCCCCCUUCCCCUAAGGCAGCCAGAGACAGCAGCUGUAAUGGGGAGGGGAGGGACUGUGCCACAGCAUGGAGACGAAGGGAGUGGGAAUUCUUUAAAUGGUAAUUUAAAAGUCCCUGGCUGCUCCUUCCAUGGUGUGGGGUUGUAUCUGUGCUACUGCAACCUCCCCUCCCCCAGUGGAUCUCCUGAUCACUGUAAUGAUGGCAAAACUUGCAUGGAAUUGAGAAGUACUUUAAAAGUCCCAAAAUAUUUGAUCCCUGAAUUCUAGACAUAGGGCUGGAAAUGUGCGCAGCACAGAAUUUUUUACUUGGCCCAGAUUGUGUCCUCUUUCAACAUGGUAUUUGUAAAUCUCUGUCUUCUCUUUCUUUCUGAUUAAAACUGGGAACUGAUUAAAUGUCAAAAUAAAAAAAAAGGAGCUGAGUUUGAACUGUGGGUAUCAAAGGUUUGUGUCAAUUCUGGUUCUUCUUUUAGGCACUUUGAAACAGCUGAUUCCCCUGUGUGUUCCCUGCUAGCCUGUAAGCAGGCUCAUGGAAGGGGACCUGUCUGCCACUGUUGCUGCCACUUUCUCCAGCAGUAUUUCAUUGCACAACAGCAGCUGCAGGUGAGGGAGGGGUUGAAUGGGCAGGGAUGGGAUGGAAGGGGAAGUAAGGCUGAGCAAAGAGGGAAGGAGAAGAGGUGCUGAGAGCAGAGCAGGUAAAGAAGGAGAUUUUUUUAUCCCCGAUUCAGGGACUGAACAAACCAAACAGCACAUGCUUUGGCUGCUGCUCUGAUCUACCCAUCCUGAGGGAGGGGAGUUGGAAGCGGGGGUGCAGCAACCCUUGCAGCACCAGCUGCUGCUCCCCCCACCCCACAUGAUUCAAACCGAGUGAUUUUUGUAAAGUCUUACACAUUCAGUUGAGGUUUGGAUUCUCAUUAGGGGCUCUAUUCUUUUUUUCCCUGUAAAGAAGAGAAACCAAAUCCAUGUAAUCCUUUCCAGUGGUUUGUUUAGUUAGUUGUAUUAACUAGAACCCAACAGACCUAUUUAUCUCCCUUCCCUUCUUCAUGCAAUAGGGAAACUGUUGAGGCCCUCUCAGAGGCCAAUGGUUGCCCGCUUCCUAAGAAACAUAAAGGUUAUAUUUUUCAUUAGUUUGGAGACCAUCUUCUGUGCAACUUCAGAGGCAUCUUCCUUCACUCAUGAACUCAGCUGAAGGCUGGAUCCAACACAUGCCUUUUUGGAAACAUUUUACAUUCUGUAUCUACCUGGGCACUAUGGCCUGGGCAAACUACAGCUUGCAGGCCAGAUCCAGCCUGCAAAGCAGCUUUGUCUGGCCCGCGGCAGACAAAGCCGCGGGCCUACCUGGCCAAGGCAUUGCCCAGGCAUGGUAUGUCCUGCCACCCCCUAGGCACGCAGUGGGGCGGAGGCAGCUCUGCAGCUGGACUGCCUUUCUAGGCAUCCCAGGCUGCUGCCACUGCCCCCAGCCCUGAGGUAGCAGGG